CUGAGAUGUGUGUACACUUCAAAGUUUGAGCGGACGCGCUGAACUGCGGGAGGGUGGGAAGGGGAUUAGUUUCCACCGUGAGCUGCUGUAAUGGGACAGUGUUCCGGUAAGACGAUCCCCACCACGGGAGAUGUUGAUGGCGCAACCACUAUUACAUCGUACGCUGAUCAGCCGUCCCGGAGUCCUCCGCCUUCGUCCGCCGUCGACCAUGCCGGGGCCAACACUCCCUCUGUGAAGAACACGCCGGCGAGAUCCUCGGCUGCGACCAGCCCCUGGCCUAGUCCUUACCCGCACGGGAGUAGUGUACCAGGGGGAGCCAGUCCCUUGCCAUCUCCUGCAAGGUCCACUCCUAGGCGGUUCUUCAAGCGCCCGUUUCCACCGCCUUCUCCGGCUAAGCACAUUAAAGCUUCCCUUGCAAGGAGAUUUGGACAUGCUAAGACGCCAAGAGAAGGCCCGAUCCCAGAGGAUGGUGCCUCCGAGCCCGAUCAGUCUCUGGAUAAGAAUUUCGGAUACAACAGGAACUUCGGUUACAAGUACGAAUUGGGGAAAGAGGUGGGGCGGGGGCAUUUCGGCCAUACUUGCUACGCCCGUGGCAAGAAAGGAGAGCUCAAGGACCUUCCUCUCGCCGUCAAAAUCAUUUCCAAAGCAAAGAUGACAACAGCAAUAUCUAUUGAAGAUGUUCGUAGAGAAGUAAGGAUUUUAAAAUCUCUCUCAGGUCAUAGACAUCUCGUCAGAUUUUAUGAUGCCUGUGAGGAUGCCAAUAAUGUUUACAUUGUCAUGGAGUUAUGUGAAGGAGGAGAAUUACUUGACAGAAUAUUGUCGCGGGGUGGUAGAUACCCGGAAGAUGAUGCAAAGCUUAUUGUUGUACAAAUUCUGAGUGUAGUUGCAUUCUGUCAUCUACAAGGAGUUGUUCACCGCGACUUGAAGCCUGAGAACUUUUUGUUCACGUCUAGAAAUGAAGAUGCUGAUAUGAAGCUAAUUGAUUUUGGUCUUUCUGACUUCAUUAGACCAGAUGAAAGACUUAAUGAUAUUGUUGGAAGUGCAUAUUAUGUGGCGCCAGAAGUGCUCCACAGAUCGUACAGUUUGGAUGCAGAUAUAUGGAGCAUUGGAGUGAUAACUUAUAUUCUGUUAUGUGGAAGCAGACCAUUCUGGGCAAGGACAGAAUCUGGAAUAUUCCGUGCAGUCCUACGAGCAGAUCCCAACUUUGAAGAUUUGCCAUGGCCUUCUGUCUCCCAAGAAGCCAAGGACUUUGUUAAAAGGCUUCUUAACAAGGAUUAUAGGAAAAGAAUGACUGCUGCUCAAGCUUUGAUGCAUCCGUGGCUGCGGAGUGAAAGCCAUCCUAUUCCUCUAGAUAUAUUGGUCUAUAAAUUGGUCAAGAGCUAUCUAAAUGCCACCCCUCUCAAACGUGCAGCAUUAAAGGCUCUAUCGAGGGCAUUAACAGAUGAUGAACUUGUUUACCUGAGGGCACAGUUUAUGCUGUUGGAACCUAAUAAAGAAGGGUGUAUCUCUGUUGAAAACUUCAGAAUAGCUCUUUCGAGAAAUGCUACUGACGCUAUGAAAGAGUCAAGAGUCCCAGAGAUUCUGAAUACGAUGGCACCACUAUCAUAUAGAAAGAUGGACUUUGAGGAGUUCUGUGCAGCUGCCAUCAGCACUUACCAGCUUGAAGCCCUCGACAGCUGGGAGCAAAUCGCAUCAACCGCUUUUGAGAUUUUUGAACGGGACGGAAACCGUGUGAUUUCUGUAGAGGAAUUGGCUAGGGAGUUGAAUGUGGGUCCCACUGCCCACACAAUCCUGAGAGAUUGGAUAAGGAAUGAUGGGAAACUCGGUCUGCUUGGGUACACUAAAUUUUUGCAUGGUGUCACAUUUCGCAGUGCAAAUGCAAGACAUCAUUAGGAGGGAGGGGGUGAUUUGGUGUAUUCAACCUGAAAUAGAUUUUCUUAGUUUUUCAUACACAUUCAUGUUCUUCUAAUUACAUGCAUUUUUUUUGAAUUACCCUUUUCCGUGUGGAUUAGGGAGGGAAAAGAACUUGUGUAAAAAGAAUGAAUAUAUAGAGGAGAGUAGAGUGGGGAGCGAGUUAAAUAGGAAGAUUGUUUCGGGCGGGUUGGGGGCAAAAAUUCGUUGUCCGUCCAAUUCCGUUGAGACGGCUUGCUUACUUUGGCUCUUGGCUGAACAGCAGGUGGUUUGAUUACAGCUUCUACAUGCUCUCUAUAUCAACUGCACCAAUACACCCAUUCCAUCUUUUCCGUGACCGAAGCCUAUUCAGACCACCCAGACCAAUAUUCUCUCAAGUCUCAAUACAUCUAAAUAUUCAUCUCAAUACAAAAAUAAUGUAAUACAAAUAUAAUGUAUUUAUGGCACAUAUUGUUC